UACCCUUCUGAACUCCCAAACAACUAAACAAACACAAACAUCAUGAAGAAUCUCCAUGAUCCACAGCCUCACUUCAUUUUGGUCCCUCUGGUGGCCCAAGGCCACCUGAUCCCCAUGCUCGACCUGGCCCGCCUCUUGGCCGAGCGUGGUGCUCGCGCCAGCUUCAUCACCACUCCCGUCAACGCCUAUCGCGUUAGGGCCGUCGUCGACCGGGUGAAGGAAUCCCACCUUCCAAUCCGAUUCGUCGAGCUUCCCUUUCCAUGCGCAGAAGCUGGCCUGCCUGAUGGCUGCGAGAAUUUCGACCUUCUCCCUUCCGAAGAUUAUAUCGACGCCAUGGUUGCAGCCCCAAAGCUGCUCCGAGGACCCCUCGAGCUCUACCUCCGAGCGCAAAAGCCUGGCCCAAGCUGCAUGAUUGCCGACUCCUGCAACCCAUGGACUGCGGAGGUUGCCGGCAAGCUGGGGAUACCGCGAGUCGUCUUCCAUGGGCCCUCCUGCUUCUACCUUCUGUCCACACACAACAUUAUUCUGCACAAAGUAAACGAGCGCAUAACCGACGAGUUUGAGCCCUUCCUGGUGCCCGAUUUGCCUCACCAGGUUGAGAUAAACCUAGCACAGGCUUUUGGAUGGGCCCUCAGGUCCGAGUCGGAGAAAUUCAAGAAUGAAAUUACGGAGGCGGAGUCCACAGCGGACGGCAUAGUGAUAAAUAGCUUCGAUGAUUUGGAGCCUUGGUAUAUCGAGAGCUAUCGGAAGGCCAAGGGGAAGAACGUUUGGACGAUUGGGCCGCUGUGUCUCUACAACAAGGAUUUUGGCGAUAAGGCCAUGAGAGGGAACGAAGCAUCCGUCGACGGGCAUGCUGUGACAAAAUGGCUCGACUCCAUGGAGCCAGGAUCCGUCCUCUAUGUUGGUUUCGGAAGUAUUGGACGCGCACGGCCUUUGCAACUAAUCGAGAUAGCGUGCGGUUUGGAGGCGUCAAACCGGCCAUUCAUCUGGGUGAUCAAGGAGGUGGAGAUGACCCCCGAAGUAGAGAAAUGGAUGUCAAAGGGAUUCGAGGAGAGGACAAGCUCGAGAGGUCUCAUAAUAAGAGGGUGGGCACCGCAGAUGGUGAUAUUAUCUCACUCCGCGGUGGGAGGAUUCUUGACUCAUUGCGGGUGGAAUUCAGCACUGGAGGCGAUCGCAGCAGGAGUGCCAUUGAUAACAUGGCCUCAGUUUGCCGACCAAUUCUUGAACGAGAAGUUGCUCGUGGAUGUUCUGGGAAUCGGCGUGCCGGUUGGAGUGAAGGUGCCGAUCACUCAUUUAAGCGAGGAUGAUGGAGUGAUGGUGAGGAGGGAUGACAUAGUGAAUGCGGUGUCGAGAUUGAUGGAUGGAGAGGAAGGGGAACCGAGCAAAAUGAGGGUUACGAAGCUGCAGCAGAAAGCUACAAUGGCAAUGAACGAAGGAGGAGGAUCAACCUACGCGAACAUGGCAAACUUGAUACAGUACUUCCGGGAGCAUGGAAAUUAACAAGGAACUAUAGAUUGGUUUUGUUUUGUCUACACAAAUUUCGAGUGAUAUAUGUUGUUUGAAAUAGAUUAGACGUAUCCAGCAUGUAAUUGUCUGUCGUGUGUUUUAAUACGUUCAAAAUGGUCGUUGAAGUUUAGUGAUUCAGCUGUCUGUUAACUUGAUUUUCUUUUUAUAUUUUUUUUCGUGGAAGGACGCAUGACCGUGAUGACUUGUUGAAAAGAUAAUUUGGGCGAUCAUGCAGUCCUGUGUUUCUCUCUUUCCACUGCAAUAUAUCUAGUCUGUAUGCUGGAUUUUUCAGAUCCUCUAGUCCUGUGUUUCUGUCUCUUAGAAUUGUAUAUAUCCGG